AAGGGUUAGUCCGGCACCCCAAACAACACAGGAGCAGCCCCGUCAGCCUAUUUCCUCCUCACACAGCGGCGCCGCGAGAACCGGGAGGGGCGGCUGCCGCCUUCGGGAGCAAGGUACACGCCACACCCACCCCCGGGCGGGCGCGCAUUUCGGGAGGCCCCGCCCAGACCGGGCGGCCCAAGUUCCUCGCAAGCCCGGGGCGCACUGCUCCCGCGGCCCCCCGCCUCCCGCCCGGGGCAAGCUGGGCGGAGCCGGAACCCGGGGGGCGCCGAGUGGCGAGGGCCCGGCAGCAGCUUGGGCGGCGGUGGCAGCAGGUGGAGCGUGCUCCGCGGUGCGCAGCUCUUGCCCGAAAGCCGCCGCCACAGCCGCGCGAACCGCCCGGUCCAGCCCUACUUCCCUGGGAACUUGGGUUUCCAGGCGGCGGGCCAGACCUUGGCGCGCCGCGGAGCGCGGGCAGCCCUGGGCGCCGCUCUGGGGCGCAGGGCGGCGGGGACCCGGCUUCGCCCGGUUACCUGAAGGCGUGCUCUGUGGGAAGGAGCCGCUGCCGGCCGCCUGCGCCGAAGGAUCCCGAGGGCGCACCCGCCUCGCGGCGUCCAGAGCAGACGGCGCGUCCCUGGAUUCCGGGCACGGAGCGUCCCACGCGAUCUUCGAGGAGUCCUCGCAGCCUCGCCGCCUUGGUCUCCAGGGCUCGCUGCUGGAACCAAUCUGUGGAGUUCUCUACUGCUGUUUUCUUCGAUUUGGAGACGCGCCCGCCAACGCCGCUCCACGGACCUCUCCCGGUCUGCGCGGGCGGACUGGCGCCCGGGUCGCCGGAGCCUCCUGGAGCCCUGGCGCCGGUCGCAGACCGUCGAGCUUCUGGUCCGGCGCGCUCCUCCCAGCCUCCGCCGAGGGCCGGGGACGCGGUCCCCUUCUGCGGAGCGCUGUCCCCGCGGGGCACCGGCCGGCUAUGGCCUUCACGUUCGCCGCUUUCUGCUACAUGCUCUCCCUGGUGCUGUGCGCCGCGCUCAUCUUCUUCGCCAUCUGGCACAUAAUUGCCUUUGAUGAAUUAAGGACGGAUUUCAAGAGCCCCAUAGACCAGUGCAACCCUGUACAUGCGAGGGAACGGCUGAGGAACAUCGAACGCAUCUGCUUCCUUCUGAGAAAGCUGGUGCUGCCUGAAUACUCCAUCCACAGCCUCUUCUGCACCAUGUUCCUGUGUGCUCAGGAGUGGCUCACCCUCGGGCUGAAUGUCCCUCUACUCUUCUACCACUUCUGGAGGUAUUUCCACUGUCCCGCAGAUAGUUCUGAACUGGCCUACGACCCACCUGUGGUGAUGAAUGCAGACACCCUGAGUUACUGUCAGAAGGAGGCCUGGUGCAAGCUGGCCUUCUACCUCCUCUCCUUCUUCUAUUACCUUUACUGCAUGAUCUACACUUUAGUGAGUUCUUAACUUGAAGACCACACAUGUCAUCUGAGACUGGGACAGAUGGAAGAGGCCUGAGGCACAGAAGCCCCCUCCUGCUUGUGAUGGAGCAGGGCCGGAGCAGGGCUGUGUGUGAAAGACUGGCAGACAGUGUGCACUGGGACCUGGAAUCAAGCAGCAGCCGUGGCUGGUCACCUCAGUGCACAUGUGGUGGCCCCACACAUCACAGCCCUGCAUUCCCAUUCCAGGGGCGGGAGGGAGUGGGUGACGAACACUGAACCUCUCCUGAGUGAGAGUUGCUCCUUCCUGAGUCCACUUCAUCCGCUGGCUCCCUGCAAGUUCACGCUGAGUUCCUGGACUGCAGAAUGGAGGCUGGAAGCCGGGAGAUGCCUGGGAAGGAAUGGAAUGACCCAGGAUCCAGGCUGAGUCUGUGGUGCCUUUGAAGGCCUCAAGGAUGUUGUGGGCUACCCAGGACUCCUGUGUUUCUGCCGAGCUGGCCACGCCCUUCACCUCCACGGGUGGGGCUGGGAGGUGGGCCUCCCCCUGCACUCUGCUUGGCGAGAGCCCCGCUGGGGGACAGCCUGAGCUGGGGUGGGGGCAGAAUGUUGGUGAUGAGUUAUAUCCAAAGGCAUGGGGUGAGAGUGAGCUGGAGAGGGGGCAAUCUUAGGGAAAAAAACAUGUUUUGAAACAUUAACAUGUUAAAAGUGUUGUCUAGAACCACAAACUGUGUUCUAUUGACAUCCAAAACCAUCCCAGAGUCACUGAAUGCAAAUCACCUGGUCACUAGUUAAAGCUACCUUCUUAUAAGGAUCCCCAAACAGUCUGAGUCCAGAAAAUGCUGGAAUGGCUGCUCUGUGCUGUGUGCUUCUGGCAGCCAAGAAGUGAGACAACAUAAUUAUAGCUUCAUUUUAUGAUGCUG